AUGGGUUCUUCUCCUUCCAAAGCCACUGGAGAGGACGCCCUGGUUCUGUGCAAGGAUCGGAUGCGCCAUAUCAGACAAGCCAUUGACUCAAGAGAUGCACUGUCAGCAGCACACUUAUCUUACACACAAUCCCUCCGUACUGUGGGUACUGCACUGCGGCGGUAUGCUGAGUCUGAGAUCUUACCAGAAUCAUCACUCUCCAUUUCAGAAGUGGAUAAGUCGCCAUCGCAUUCCUCUAUGGCAUCUCCCUCGCCUUCACGUGCAGUAGAGAGUGUUGCCUCUCCGGCGCAUCGAGCAAGUCCAUUGACUACUCCGCCCUCAACAAGAAUCCAUUGCAUGAAAGCAGCUGCAACCGCUCCUUUGACCUUUGUGAUAGAUCCAACUGCUGCUGAAUUUGCGGGGCAUGAAUCCCCAGUCUCAGCUUUUGUCCCACCCCCGCCACCAUUGCCUCCAGAAUUGUGUACCACAUGGGACUUCUUUGAUCCUAUUGAUGCUGCUGGUAGCUCUUCCUCCAACAAUGAGAAUGGGGUAACCCUGAACUUCAGUAGAUUGAAGGGUCUAAGAGAGUCAAGGGUAGCUGAAGUAGUUCCAUUGAAAGAAGGUGAAGAAGAAAUCAUGUCUGACAGAAGGCAUACAGAACUUCCUGAUGAUAAUGCACCAUCUAAGCAGGAAAGAGAGCCAAAGCAAGGUGGGACCAGGAAACCAAGUCAGUUGGUGGAUACUUCAACCAAAGCUACCUCUGAGCAGGUUGCUGCAAAGUUGGGGGAAAGAGAAAUGGAAAAAGAAUUAUGUGCAGAGGCAGAGGAUCCUUCAGAGUUCAUCACUCAUCGAGCCAAAGAUUUUGUGUCGAGCAUGAAGGACAUUGAAUCCCGGUUUAUGCGUGCAGCUGAAGCAGGAAAUGAGGUUUCCAGAAUGCUUGAAACCAAGAAAAUCAGACUUGACAUAUGUGCUAAAAUACCAGGUUCUCCAGGCAAGCUACCUACUGCCCGAUUUGUGUCAGCACUUCGAGUGUGCUGCAAUCGUGAUGUUAUUCUCAACCAGGAAACUGCACAGCAUGCCUCAAAGGUUGUCACAUGGAAGCGUUCUGUCUCAUCUCUGUCAUCAUCAUCUAAGAGUGCACUUAUGACAUCAAUAAUUAAAGAUGAUUUGGAUGACAGUAAUAGUGAUUUUGUUGAGGAAUUCGCCAUGGUAUCUGGAAGCCACUCUUCUACGUUGGACAGGCUACACGCAUGGGAGAGAAAACUAUACGAUGAAAUCAAGGCAAGUGAAAAUGUUAGAAAGGCCUAUGAUGAGAAAUGUAACCUCCUCCGGCGCCAAUUUGCACGAGGCCUAAAUGCGCAGCUGAUUGAUAAGACUAGAGCUGUUGUGAAGGAUCUCCAUUCCAGGGUAUCUGUUGUGAUUCAGGCUGUUGAUGCAAUCUCCAAAAGAAUUGAGAAGAUAAGGGAUGAAGAACUGCAGCCACAGCUUGUCGAGCUAAUUCAAGGGCUAAUCAGAAUGUGGAAAUUGAUGCUGGAAUGUCACCACAAACAGUUCAUCACGACCACAUUGGCAUACCAUGUGAAAAACUCAACCCCAGUGCAUCAAGGUGAGCACCGCCGCCAGGCGGCAAUGCAUCUGUGGAAUGAGAUGGAUGGCUUCUCUUCCAGCUUCAGAAACUGGGUCACUGCUCACAAAUCAUAUGUCGAGGCCCUCAAUGCAUGGCUCCAGAAGUGUGUCCUGCAGCCACCCCAGGACCGACGCAGGCGCAAGCGCAAGGUCUCCUUCCCUCCUCGCCAGGCCAUAUCCCCUCCCAUAUUCAUCCUCUGCAGGGACUGGCUCGCCAUGACAGAAUCUCUCCCUGCUGACGAGCUAUGCAAGUCCCUCAAAGAUGUGAUGCAGCUCCUCCAUGACUCGUUUGAGCACCACGAUGAGCAGAACAAGCCAAGAAGCGAGUCGCAGGAGUGUGGGAUGCUGGAGAACAAUAGCAAGCAGGAGGUGGCAAAGAGUGGGAGUGUAGCAUCAGCUGAAGGGCUGCAGUCGAGACUAACGGCGGUUCUUGACCGCCUGACAAAGUUCUCAGAGGCAUCACUGAAGUGCUACGAGGAGCUCAAGCAGAACUAUGAGAUGGCCUGUGCUGAUUAUAAGAGAGUUGGACCAAAUGCUCAGCUUUCUUAG